AUGUAUCCUAUUCCAGCAAACUAUUUCUAAAUCAUCCUGAAUCCUUAAUUCUCCAUCAAUUUCCUUACAUUUAAAAUUUUUGAAAGUAUACUAAACAAUAUUGGGAUGAACCAAAAAUAACAAAAUUACAAGGCUAGAUGUAGAUUUUGA